AUGGACGAGAUCACGGUGACUCUGGCAAGGGUUCUGUUUCUGUAUGACACGGCGCCCAUCUACGACCGCUCCGAAGAGCUCCUGGGCCAGGCCCAUGCCGCGGACCGGUUCGCCCUGGCCACCAAAUUCCCCGGCGGGUUCCUGCCCGACCCGGCCACCAAAGAAGUCCUCCUCGCUGCGGCCGAAGAGAGUCUCCGAAAGCUUCAGACCGAUCAAAUGGACAUUUACUACCUCCACGCGCCGGACCGCCGCGCCCCGCUGGCGCCCCUCCUCGAAGCCAUCACGCACCUCCACCGCACCAACCGGAUCCGUCGCUUCGGGCUCUCCAACUUCCUCCCCGCUGAGGUCGACGAGGUCGUCCGCCUCGUCCAGGCAAACGACUACCUCCGCCCCACCGUCUACCAGGGGAACUACUCGGCCAUCGCGCGCGGGGCCGAGACGACGGGACUCCUGGACACUCUCCGCCGGCACGGGAUCGCGUUCUACGCGUACUCGCCUAUCGCGGGCGGGCUGCUGGCGAAGGAGUGGAAGUGCAAGCGAGAGUGCCACGAACCGGGGAAGAUGGGACCCCGCGACCACGCUGGGCGGGUUCUACCACGCGCUGUCAACACGCCCGUCAUGCGGGAGGGCCUGCGGCUGUGGGGCGCGAUCGCGCGGGAGGCCGGCCUUCCUCCGGCGGAGUUGGCGUACCGGUGGGUGGUGUACCACUCGGCCCUGCGAGGGGCGCACGGGGAUGCGAUCCUCGUCGGGGCCCGAAACAGCGGGCAGCUGGAGCAGACGCUGGCGGCGCUGCGGUGGGGGCCGUUGUCUGAUGCGGUGGCGGCGCGGGUGGGCGCCGUCUGGUCCGUCGUGGCGGAGGCGGCGCCGCUUGAUAAUUAUAAUAAUGCGGUGGUGCGGGAGAUGUUUGGACUCGGAAAGGAUUAUUAG